AUUCCUAAGCUUGCAUACUUUGAUGCUCAGUUCUUUAAAGUGCAUUACCGAUUUUGUGAACUAAUGGAUCCCAUGUGUAGAAAAAUCAUUGAACAAAGCUAUCAAGCAUUAUUUGACGCUGGUAUAAAUCCGGAAGAGCUAUCAGGAAAAAAAGUUGGAGUAUUCGUUGGAAACUGUUACUCUGAAUAUCAAUUGACAGUAUUUUAUGUCUCCGGAUCUAAAUCAGGGCUCGGUCUACCUGGGUGCAGCCGAAGUAUGAUUGCAAACCGAAUUUCCUACUAUCUAAACUUGAAAGGUCCUUCCGUGUCUAUUGACGAGUCGUGUUGCUCCUCCACUGCCGCUCUGGAGAUGGCAUAUGACGCCAUUGUUCGCGGAGAAUGUGAAUCAGCUUUUGUUGGUGGUGCUAACUUAUGUUUGCAUCCACAAACCAUAAUACAUUAUGGAAGAGUCAUAGAUUUAAAUAAGGAUGGCAAAACUAAAUGUUUUGAUGCGAAUGCUGAUGGGUGUUCUAUGUCAGAAGCAAUAAAUAUUAUUUAUCUACAGAAAGCUAAACAUGCUAGAAGAGUCUAUGCCGAAGUUGUGAAAGCGAAAAGUCAUUUUACGACUAUAGCAGAAACUGAUAUUGGUGCCAGUGGUGGUUUCAACUGCAAUCUUAACGAUAUGUCACGUUUCUUAAAUACAUUCUACGAGGAAGCUAAUGUUUCUCCGAAAGAUGUGAAAUAUGUAGAAGCAUUUGGCGCAGCAUCACGAAUAUGUGAUAAAAUGGAACUGGACAUGUUGGAUGAAGUUUAUUGUAAAGAUAGAACCACACCAUUAAUGGUAGGAAGCGUAACUUCCAACAUUGGAUACGUGGGAGCCGCUUCUGGAAUAUCUGCUAUCACAAAGGUGCUGCUUGGCUAUCACUUUGGAAAGCUGGCUGGGAAUCUUCACUAUAACUCUCCUAGACAGGAUGUACAGGCAAUAAGAGAAAAAAGAAUUGAAGUACUUAGCGAUCAUAAAGAACUUUCUACAGCACACUAUACAGCAAUAAAUGGAUUAUCUAUCACUGGAAUUGGCUCACAUGUAUUACUUAAAGGUUAUAAUAAAAAUAAAGAUAUCGGCUCUUACAAAUCAAGUUUUGCCCGAAUUGUCUUAUGCUCCGGAAGACAAGAAGGUUCUGUACAAACCAUCUUCAACAACUUGAAAAGCCGACCGAUAGAUCCAGAAGAGCUAGCUCUCCUUCACUAUUUCUUCGAAAAGAAUGUACCAGGACACCUAGGGCGGGGUUUCCUUAUUCUCGAUUCAAAAGAAAGUAAUGUAACCGUUAAGGUUAGUGAAGAAUGCAUGUAUUUCGACAAAGGCAGACGCCCGCUGUGGUUCGUGUACAGUGGAAUGGGCUCGCAGUGGGUUGGGAUGGGGAAAGACCUCAUGCGUAUACCAGUUUUUGCUGCUGCUAUAGAAAGGUGUCACCGUGUUCUGGAGCCAAAGGGAUUGAACCUGAUUGAUGUAAUUACGUCGGACGAUAAAAACACAUUUGACAAUAUUAUGCACUCAUUCGUCGGCAUAAACGCGAUACAAAUUGCUCUCACAGAUGUGCUGCGAGCACUGGAUAUUGUACCAGACAAUAUAAUCGGGCACAGCGUUGGAGAAAUUGGAUGUGCUUAUGCGGAUGGUUGUUUUACACUAGAAGAGGCGAUUCUAUGUGCUUACAACCGUGGUCUGGUUUCCAUACAAACACCGUUAAUUCGUGGGUCUAUGGCAGCCAUUGGACUUGGAUACAAAGAGAUAUCAAAAAUGUGUCCGCCUGAAAUCGAUAUUGCUUGCCACAAUUCCGCCGAAUCCAGUACUAUUUCUGGUCCAGCAGAUAUUAUGGCCGAGUUUGUUAUCAGUUUGGGCUUGAAAGGAAUAUUCGCAAGAGAAGUGCCGUGUUCAAACAUAGCUUAUCAUUCACGUUAUAUUGCUAACGCCGGUCCCGGCUUACUUAAGUCUAUGCAAAAUAUAUUAAAAACACCACGACCACGGUCUGCAAGAUGGGUUUCAACCUCAAUUCCUCAAGACCGAUGGGAUGAACCGCUCGCAAAAUAUAGCUCGGCAGAAUACCACACCAACAAUUUACUGAACCCAGUUCUAUUUGAGGAAACAUCGAAAUUGAUUCCACCGAACGCAGUUCUGAUCGAAGUUGCACCGCACGGAUUAUUACAAGCCAUUCUUAAGCGUUCUUUACCGGAAUCAUGCAAGCAGCUUCCACUAACUCGUCGAGGACAUCCUGAAAAUUCUGUUUGCCUACUGGAAGCCGUUGGACGAUUAUAUUUGGAGGGAUUUAAUGCAAAAGUGAAAGCGUUAUACCCUCAAGUAAAUUUUCCAGUUUCAACAUCAACCCCUAUGUUGUCGCAUUUAGUGGAAUGGGUGUAUCAAGAAGAAUGGUCUCUACAUAUCGUAGCUGCUGCUAAUAUGAAGACUUCUUCAACAUCGCAAGGCGUUAUUUCUGCGUACGACGUAGAACAUAGUCACUUAAAAGGCCAUAUGAUCAGAGGAAAAAACUUAUACCCGUUUUCGGCGGCUCUUGUUGCUGUAUGGGACACGUUAGCUGCAUGUUUAAAUUUGAAGAGAAAUAAUUUAUCAGUUCAAUUUGACAACGUGUAUUUCUAUUCACAACCGAUUCUGCAUAGAAAAUAUCAAUUGCGCCCUUAUGUCACCAUACAAAUGGGAUCAGGUCGUUUCGAGGUAUCGAAUGAAAAGUCACUAUUGGUAACAGGAAUUAUUAUUCCUGAAAUAAGAAGUGACAGGGAGGUUCACAAUCCUCCUGAUAUCAUUGAAGCAAACGUAUCGGGUGAUGAUAUUUAUGAAUUACUAUGUGGAAAGGAAUAUAAUUAUCUCGAGGAUUUCCGUAGUAUACACAGUACUAAUGAAUCUAUGACAGAAGCACAAAUCGAAUGGAAAGGUAACUGGGUGACGUUCCUUGAUGGUAUUAUUCAACUCAAUGUUUUAAAGAGGAGACAUAGCACUAUAUCUAAGCUAAACCUCAUAAGAAAGAUUGUUAUUGACGUCGAGAAACAAAGCAAUGCCACUGUUGUAAAAGAUGGUGUUAUUCGUCAAGACAAUAUAUUUAUCAUCCAUAAACAUGAUUAUGAACUCAAAAAUUCUGAUCUUUACACUGUCAUCAGUUCCCAUAUUAUAGAAGACGGAAAAAUAGAACUAGGGAUUUGGAAAUCUACCCAACCCAAUGCUUUAAACUCAAUAGUUGUGCGUAAACCAAAACAUCAAUCACCACAGGAACAACUAGGAGGAGAAUAUUAUUUGCCUUUAGAAGACGAAAAUGAUUCUGCGCAAACGCUUAAACUAAAAAUUUCACGGAUUGGUGACCUUAAAUCUGUAUAUUGGGUUUCUGAAAGUUUGCAAGAAACUGAGGGCGUACCAGUUAAGGUUAACUACGUUGGCGUUAAUAUAAUUUACAUAAAUAAACUCCUAGGAACACACUUCCGUGAAGACAAUGAACCUACCAAAAGCGUUAUUGAUUUUAGUGGAACUACUAAAAGUGGUACCGCUGUUAUGGGACUAGUACACAGUGAUGCGAUAUCCUCCCAAGUACAUGCCAACCCGGAUCUCCUACUGCCAAUUCCAGAACACUGGACUUUAGAAGAUGCUGCUACAGUUCCACUCGCGUAUACAAUGGCAUUUUAUAUUCUGUUCAUUAAAGUACGCGUGAAUUCCAAGCACACAAUUUGCGUGCAAGGUGCUGCUGGUGCUCUCGGACAAGCCGUUAUAAGUGUGGCUCUCGCCCACGGCUGCCACGUGUUUGCUACUGUUAGCAGCAAUUCCAAAAAACAAUUUUUAAAAAAGUUGUUCCCUAAAUUAAAAGAUGAUCACAUUAUAGACCAUUCGCGUGAUAUAAAUUUCGUUUAUAAUAUACUUCGUGCUACGAAUGGUAAAGGAUGUGACCUUUUAGUUUCUUGUGCAAAAGACCAACUGAAGAAUUUCUCAUUUAGAUGCCUCGGAUCUUAUGGAAUUAUGAUAGAUACAAGCGUCGUCCCCAAUCGAGAAAAUUACAAUUUCGGAAUGGACAAUUUGUCUCUUGAUAGAGUAUAUUAUCCGAUUGACUUAUCGACUAUUUUUCAAGCCAAGUUUGAAGAAGAUAUAAAAUUAAUUCGCUUGCUGAUGAUCGACGGUAUUCGGCGUGGGUACGUGAGGCCCCUGACUCGAGUCACAUACGACGCCCAGGACGCUCCGAGAGCUUUCCGUGUUCAUGCUGCUGGGCAAAAUCGUGGCCGCGUAUUGCUCGACUUGCAACAACUAUCAACGAAAAUAAGUCCCAGCAUCGUCUGUUCGAGUUCUUCGUGGCAAGUCGUUGUUUCGGAUAAUGGGAGACUAGCAUUAAAACUAGCAGAGAGACUUAUUGACCGUGGUGCGAAAAGAAUAUUCAUACUGUUAGACAGAGUACUUAAUUAUGUCAAUAUUCAAAAAAGAAAAUGGCAAGAAGAUGGUAUCGAUGUAGAAGUAAUAAAAACGACUUCAAAGGCGAAUGGUAACCCUGAUUUAUUAAUGGAUUGUAAAAAAGAUGGCAUGCUUGAGAGUAUAUUCGUCAUAACUUCAAACGAAAAAGCCGUGAAUGUGAUUGAGACUGUCAAUAGUUUUGCAGACUUUAUAUCAUUAUCUGGUUAUUCCCUAAAGUAUUUUGCGCUAAUAACAACAAGUAAAUCAACCAUUAAACCGGGUUCACGGUUUGGAACAAAUGGACUAAGCCAAAUGUUAACAAAAAUUAAAUUGCCAGUGAUUGAACCGAAUGAAAGAAAUGAAUUUAAACGUAUUUCUACAAAAUCGGUGUCAAUGAAUGACGCAAUUGAUGCCGUAGAACGAGCAUUGACUUCACAGAAGAAGGUUAUAUUAGUGCACGCGUCUGAUGCACCAAGAAAAACUUUGCUACAAGAAAUAAUGUCACUUGCAGAUGUUAAACUGGAAACUAAAAUUGGAAAGCCCAAUUUCGAUUUGACACUGAAGGAGCUUCACGUGGAUGAUACUAAACUAUUGGCUAUUCAGGGCUUUUUGCGGGAUGUGUAUGAAGUAAACUUAAAUAUCCGAGACAUACAAAACCUCUCAGUGAAAUCCAUUAAUGAACUGGGAAAACAUUGUAUUGAAUACGAGUUUGAAGAAAAUAAAGGGAUAGCAACAUAUUUUCCUGCGCUUUAUAAUGAUGAGCUAUUAUAUACGACCGAUAUGUUGGUCAUGCCCACUCUAGCCUUCUCGGCUGAGUUCAAAAUCGAAAACAACCUGAAUAAGCCACACUUGUGUAUAAUUCCUGGCGUAGAAGGAUAUCACGAAAGCUUUUCGGUAAUAUGUGAGCGACUAAAGCUUCCCGCAAUUGCACUACAGCCGGGCUUAGAUCAUCCUUAUGAGACCGUUCCAGAUUUAGCGAAUCGAUAUAUUAAUGUUUUGAAGAAGAAAGCUGCCCUGAACAACAAUUUCUAUUUGCUUGGCUACGAAAGUGGUAUCUUUGUCGCUCUGGAAAUGGCAGCUACUUUGGAAAAAAAUGGUCUGACUGGGACUGUUUUUUGUAUCGUCGGAACGCCAACAGAGUUAAUCAAAGAUUUUCAAAAUAACCUAAAAUGUUAUAAUACCAAGGACGAGUUGCAAAUGGGAGUCCUAAAGAAUGCAUACUCCCUGAUAACUAAAGGAGACCCGAAUGUUUUAGACCAAUUCUGCAAGAAUAUAGAAUGGACCAACAAACUCGACGUAUGCAUGGACAUGUUGCUAGGCCAAUUUCCACAUUCAAUCCAAUAUACCAGGAAAUGGAUCGAUUAUGUAUAUACAAAGCUGUCAUCACUACUGGAAAAUAACUACAAACCCAAAAAGAUAUUAUCUCAAAUUAUAUCUCUUCGUCCGUCAUAUAAAUAUUCUUCCAAUAUGGAUAUGUCCCUGCGAAAUUAUUCUGACAAAGAAGUUAUAACUUACCAACUAGAAUCUUCACUAUCUUGUGCUCCUCAAGACAUGAUGUGCGCUUCGAUCAUUAACUGUCAUUUAGAUUCCGAAACUUUGGAAAGAUUUAACAAAAGAAAUAUUUGCCAGUCUUAUGCAAUUGAAACCGAUAAUGACACUCUGUAAACAAUUUUUCUAAUGGUUUUUUGGUCUUGUUACUUUUUAUAUUAUCUAUUUUGGCUUGUCCUUUGGUGUAUGUGAAUAAAUAACUUGCUUCAUA